CGACGACUUUGAUUAGAGCAGAGAGAUGGUUGGUUCGUUGGUUCGUCGGAGGAGAAGAGAAUGUGCAUAGCAGUAUUUCUGUGGCAAUCGCAUCCGCUGUACCCUUUUCUUCUAUUUCUCAACAGAGAUGAAGAUCACAACAGGGCGACAGAGGCGCUGCGUUGGUGGGAAGACGGAGAGACGGUGGGAGGAAGAGACCUUGUUGGCGGCGGGACGUGGCUGGGCUGCACGAGGCAUGGCCGUCUGGCUUUCCUCACCAAUUUCAAGGAAGCCUCCUCCUUCCCUGCUGCUAAAUCCCGUGGAGAUCUGCCUCUUCGUUACUUGCAGAGCGAAAAGAGUCCGGCCGAGUUUGCCGAGGAGAUCCAAGACGAAAUUUCACUCUACAAUGGCUUUAACCUGGUUGUCGCUCAUGUCUUGUCCAAAUCCAUGAUUUACAUUACCAACCGACCACCCCACGGUGACAAGCUCGUGACGCAAGUCUCUCCCGGGAUCCAUGUCCUUUCCAACGCCAACCUCGACUCCCCUUGGCCCAAGUGUCUGAGGCUGAGGGAGGGUUUCCAACAGCUUCUGGCUGAGAACGGGAGCGGUGAAUUCCCGGUGAAGACCAUGGUGGAGGAGGUGAUGACCAAUACUGUCAAGGACGAAGAAACCGAGCUACCUCACGUUUUCACACCAGAGACGGAAUACCAUCUCAGCUCCAUCUUCGUCGACAUGCAGAGACCAACUGGGCGUUAUGGGACCAGAAGCAUCUCUGCGAUCAUCGUCAAGUCCCAUGGAGAUGGUGGUGGUGAUGGUGAGAUUUGCUUCUACGAGAGGCAUCUUGAAGAAGGCGAUUCAUGGAAGGAACACACUCAACAGUUUGUAAUAAUACAAAACCAAAGCAUUUGAUUAGCUAGCCAGGCUUAUUUCGCGAGCUUCCCUUGCUUGUAACAUUGAGAAAUCAAAACUCUCACAUAUGUUGUACAUGUAAACACAAAACAGAAGACAGAGCUGAUCUCUUUUAUUCCAAACCAUCAAAAUACAAAUACAAUCACAGUUACUCUU